AUGUCGUGCCGACUUCUUACAAGUCGUGGAAGAAUCGGCGGGUACUCUUAUCUGGGGAUUGGAAAUCGCCUUCGAAACGCUCGUCCGUUUUCAUAUUUCCACCACCUUCCAAAUCACCGUGAUAGACGCCAGGAGAUCUGCCAAGGCCAAGAGGAUGAACGAAUCCUCCAAAAGGCGCCUCAUGAUGGGCUUGAGGGAAAAGAAGAAGAGACGGCAGUCGGAAGCAGUCCGGUUCAUGCGACAAAGGUUGAUCCAGAGGAUCAGACCCUUGCCGAUCGUCUACGGCAGCUAAGCGCCGAGCCGGUGCCCAGCAGUGCGGCCGAGGCUGAUUCAAUGUCCAGGCGAGGGUAG